CACAUCCUCUCACACCUAUGUCUUUACGACAGGUGGAGAGAGGCGGCAAACAGCUGAGUUGACUUUACCAACCUGGUUUGCAGUUUGGUAAAGAUUCGCCAAGUGGAUCCAUCCAUCUGAUACACUGGUCAGUUGAGGUAGUUGACUACCAAAAGGAGAUCCUUUUUUUGUGCGUUAUCUUUGACUUUUUAAAAAAGACUGAAACGCCUACAUUCAUUUUCAAAGAAUCGGCUUCAUUUGGUACAAAGCCUCCAAGCGUACAGUCACCAUGUGGGAGUUCCGGUCGAUGAAUUUUUGGCGGGCAGUCUUCGCUGAGUUUUUUGGGACCAUGUUCUUUGUAUUUUUCGGCAUGGGUGCUGCCCUUCGCUGGACCACCGGGCCCCAUCACGUCCUUCAUGUGGCCCUGUGCUUCGGUCUGGCAGCCGGCACCCUCAUCCAGUCCAUCGGCCACAUCAGCGGCGGCCACAUCAACCCUGCAGUCACCUUCGCCUACCUUGUCGGUUCACAGAUGUCAUUUUUCCGCGCCUUCUUCUACAUCGUUGCCCAGUGCCUGGGCGCUGUCGCUGGGGCUGCGGUGCUGUACGGAGUCACACCUGGCAACAUGCGAGGCAACAUGGCCAUGAAUACACUGCAGCCCGGGAUCAGCCUCGGGAUGGCAACCACUGUGGAGGUUUUCCUCACUAUGCAGCUUGUUGUCUGCAUUUUCGCUGUGACGGAUGAGAGAAGGAACGGUCGUCUGGGAUCGGCUGCCCUCUCCAUCGGCUUCUCUGUCACCAUUGGACAUCUCAUGGGGAUGUACUACACCGGUGCUGGCAUGAACCCUGCCAGGUCUUUUGCUCCUGCCGUGCUCUUCAGAAACUUCAUCAACCACUGGGUGUACUGGGUCGGGCCUAUGAUUGGUGGCGCCAUGGGUGCCCUCUUGUACGAUUUCAUGCUGUUCCCUCGUAUGAGGGGUCUGUCUGAGCGCCUGGCCACACUGAAGGGCAGUCGACCCCCCGAGAGCGAGACUCAGCAGGACACUCGUGGAGAGCCAAUCGAGCUCAAAACGCAAGCCCUAUAAACCUGCCCCAGAACCCCCCACCCCACUUUUAUCAAACAGGGAUCCAGAGGGGAUGAGGGACAAGUCUCUGAGCGAUGCCGACCCCACCUCAUCUGCCCCCCAUCUCCACGCCUAACCCAAAGACUAACCCAAAUAUCACUUACAUAUACUAACACGCAGUAGCAUUUCAGGGGGAAAGUGACGCCCCCCCACCCCCCACCCCUCCCAACUCAUUGUGUAUUUGUAAACUGGACAUUGUGUUACUUGGACCAGCAGCUGUUUCAUGUCUCCUUCCCCAUUCUUCUUCCCAGUCAGGUGUAUUUGUCGCCAACA